UUUGAGCCGGUCGUUGCUAUCGAGGGGUUGAUAUUGAUACUUUGAUAGAUAACGAUUUGAUUGACAGUUAGAAAAUAAUUACUUUUAUCGAAUAGUCGAGAUCGGUCCCUAUUAAUUUUAUUGAAAUUAAAACGCUGUAAAUAUUUUGUUGUGUGUGGUGUGAUAAACGAAACAAUGAUAAUUCCAAGCCCGUUUGUUUAUUGGGCUCAAACUGAGAGUGCCAUUUCAUUGAAAAUAGAAUUAAAAAAUGUUGUGGAUCCUGAUGUGAAAGUUCUCGAAAAUAAUUUGAAAUUCUCGGCCCAAGGUGUUGGUGCCCGAGGCGAGAGUUUAUACGAAUUUAGUUUGGAUUUAUUUUCACCUAUUAAAAAUGCUGAAAACAAUCAUGUUACAACAGUCCGCGUGUUCGAGAACCGAGUGGACAUUGUCUUGCAGAAAGAGAAGGCAGCAUGGUGGCCCCGACUUACUGCCCAGCCACAGAAACCUGCAUGGCUAAAGAUCAACUUUGAUCUAUGGAAAUCGGAAGAUGCAGCUGAUAGUGAGGAUGAGAAACGUGACGUCAUGAAGGACUACCCUGGCAUGUACGACAGGCUACAUAAGGAGGAACUGGGAUAUAGAAGAGAGGACCUCAAAAAAGUUUACCUGAAACUAUACAACCUGUUCCAAUUCGUCGGCUACAUGUACGUGUUGACUGUGAUGGCGAUUCGGUACGCCAAGUUGGACUACGACUCGGUGGCCGAUACUUAUGAACAUGUUGGACCUGCCAUGAAGUUCCUGCAGCUGCUCCAGUAUUUGGAAGUCAUGCAUCCUUUGUUUGGAUAUACUAGGGGUGGCGUACUGGUGCCUUUCCUACAAGUGAGUGGGCGAGCAUUCGUGUUGUUCGUAAUGAUUGAAGCUGAGCCUCGCAUGCACACGAAACCUGUCGUCUUCUAUCUGUUCGUUAUGUGGAGCAUGAUCGAAGUUGUCAGGUACCCCUACUAUAUAUCACAGCUCUACAAAAAGGACUUUUACAUCCUAACCUGGCUGCGCUACACCAUGUGGAUCCCUCUCUACCCAAUCGGCAUCAUCUGCGAGGCCAUAGUCAUUCUACGUAACAUACCGUACUUUGAAGAAACUCAAAGAUUCACCGUCUCUUUACCAAAUGAAUGGAACUUUGCUUUCCAUAUGCCAACCUUCCUUAGGGUAUACCUUCUCUUCCUAACGUUCCCUGGAAUGUACUUCGUUAUGAGUCACAUGCACAAACUCCGUACCGUUAAGCUGAAGCCAAAGAUUGUCAUUAAGAAAUCCAAAUAAGGAAGGCUGCACUCACUAUUACAUGUUUAAUAUUCUAUUCUAAGGUAUAUGGGGUAUUACUUGUUUUAGUCCAAUUAAAAAAAGCAUUUAUGGUCGCGGAUAGUAAUUAGGAUUGGUAUUUUACAUUAAUUAGGUAAUAUGGCUUCAUUCGAGAAGGACGCUCGAGUAGUUACAAGCCACUGCUCUCACUUAUGAGACCCUGUCGGGGCUUGAAACGACUCGAGCAUCCAUUUCGAAUAACUUACGUAAAUAUGCUAUAAUCUAAUUAAUGUAGUAUAACCUCACGAUAGUUCGAUAGACAUACAUUUUUACUUUGCAUUUUUAAGAUUAUGCUCAAAAUCUGUCCUGUGUCAAUCGGUUGUUCACCAAAGAUUACAAAUAUAUUGCAAUUUUUACCUGUACAUGUGAGUCGGCCAUUUUUCCUGCCAUUUAGCCUUUUCAGAUUAGCAUAGACUUGUUUAGCUUUGUAAAGUAUAGGCAAAAAAUCAAUAGCCGGUGUUUUGAACAUUCAGUAUUGUGUAUGUGCAUAAUUGAUUAGCAAUUUUGCAUAUUACUUAUAUAUUUAUUGGAUAAUCUAGAUAUGGUCUACACUCCUAUAAAACUGAGGUAUUCUGUAGUAUUUUAUGAAAAAUAUAGAUAUUAUUAUUAUUAUUUAUUGAAAAUGUCAAUUUAUUGCCGGUAUUAAAUAUGGUUGCAAAUUACUUAUUUAUAUUUAUGUUAUAAUAACUUUCGUGAGACAUGCUAAAUUAAUUAUUAUGUUUUUUUGGUUCACUCACGUAAUUAAUUGACGAGGAACUCGACACUCAACUAGAUGCAGAUGGCUCUCGCAUGAAGAAUAUGAUAUGAGAAUAUGAGCCUCUAGCAUGGCUUGAAACUAGUAGAGUUCCUCGUCAAAUAGUUAAGUGAGUAAGCCGAUAAACAAAAUAAUUAUUUAUAAUGCAAUAUGUAUCUAAAUAAUCAAGUAAUAAAGUUCACAAUUACUUUGAAAGCCUAGUUAGCCAAUUAUGUCUCAAUUUUAUGAACUUCCAUUUUUUAUAUAAAAUUAGUCAUGGAAACAAUUUAAUUAUGAUAAUACGAGUCUUAUGUCCCUUUUAGACUUUAAGACAUAUAUUAAUAUAUACGUAGAUAUAAUAAUUGUACAUAGUUGUUGCAUUCUGAGUGGGUUUCAUUGGAAAUUGAGCUUUAUCUCCAAGUCAUACAGUUACCAACAGUUUGCACCACCGAAAUGCAACAUUUUUAUUGUGGAAUACGGUAUUAUGGAGUCAUAUGAUUUGCGGAAGUAAUUUCACUUCGAUGAAAUGAAUUUAUUUAAAAAUUGUCAUAUUUAUUUAUUGAUAUGGACAAUGUUAAGUAAUUCCGAAAUUUAUUCAUGUCGGUAAAUGAGAGAUGCGAAGUGAUAAUUUAUAAGUAUUUAAUAUUUAUGUUUACAUUUUUGUAUACUCGAUGGUAU